GGAGCGAGCCGAAGUGCUAGUGCCGCGGCGGCGGCGAACGGCCCAGCCCGAGCGCUAGGGGCUCGGGGGCCGCGGGGCGCAGGGGCGCAGAGCCGGGGACCCCGGGACCCGGGAGGAGGCGCAGCCGGGGCAGCCGGAGGAGCGCGGGCGGUCCGGCGGCGGCGCGAUGCCGCUCGCCCAGCUCAAGGAGCCGUGGCCGCUCAUGGAGCUGGUGCCGCUGGACCCGGAGAAUGGACAGACCUCAGGGGAAGAAGCUGGACUUCAGCCAUCCAAGGAUGAGGGCGUCCUCAAGGAGAUCGCCAUCACGCACCACGUCAAGGCUGGCGCCGAGAAGGCGGAUCCGUCCCACUUCGAACUCCUCAAGGUUCUGGGCCAGGGAUCCUUUGGCAAAGUCUUCCUGGUGCGGAAGGUCACCCGGCCUGACAGUGGGCACCUGUACGCCAUGAAGGUGCUGAAGAAGGCGACCCUGAAAGUGCGUGACCGUGUUCGGACCAAGAUGGAGAGAGACAUCCUGGCUGACGUGAACCACCCGUUUGUGGUGAAGCUGCACUACGCCUUCCAGACCGAGGGCAAACUCUAUCUCAUCCUGGACUUCCUGCGUGGUGGAGACCUCUUCACACGGCUCUCAAAAGAGGUUAUGUUCACGGAGGAGGACGUGAAGUUUUACCUGGCCGAACUGGCUUUGGGCCUGGACCACCUGCACAGCCUGGGCAUCAUUUACAGAGACCUCAAGCCUGAGAACAUCCUGCUGGACGAGGAGGGCCACAUCAAACUCACGGACUUUGGCCUGAGCAAGGAGGCCAUUGACCACGAGAAGAAGGCCUACUCCUUCUGCGGGACAGUGGAGUACAUGGCCCCUGAGGUCGUCAACCGCCAGGGCCACACGCACAGUGCGGACUGGUGGUCCUAUGGGGUGUUGAUGUUCGAGAUGCUGACGGGCUCCCUGCCCUUCCAGGGAAAGGACCGGAAGGAGACCAUGACACUGAUUCUGAAGGCAAAGCUGGGCAUGCCCCAGUUUCUGAGCACAGAAGCCCAGAGCCUCCUGCGGGCCCUGUUCAAGCGGAAUCCUGCCAACCGGCUCGGCUCCGGCCCCGAUGGGGCAGAGGAAAUCAAGCGGCACGUCUUCUACUCCACCAUUGACUGGAAUAAGCUGUACCGUCGUGAGAUCAAGCCACCUUUUAAGCCAGCCGUGGCUCAGCCUGACGACACCUUCUACUUUGACACUGAGUUCACGUCCCGCACACCCAGGGAUUCCCCAGGCAUCCCCCCUAGCGCUGGUGCCCAUCAGCUGUUUCGUGGCUUCAGCUUUGUGGCCACUGGCCUGAUGGAGGAUGACGGCAAGCCUCGUGCCAUGCAGGCGCCGCUGCACUCGGUGGUUCAGCAACUCCACGGGAAGAACCUGGUUUUUAGCGACGGCUACGUGGUAAAGGAGACAAUCGGUGUGGGCUCCUACUCUGUGUGCAAGCGCUGUGUCCACAAGGCCACCAACAUGGAGUAUGCUGUCAAGGUCAUUGACAAGAGCAAGCGGGAUCCCUCGGAAGAGAUAGAGAUUCUCCUGCGGUACGGGCAACACCCCAACAUCAUCACUCUGAAAGAUGUGUACGAUGACGGCAAACACGUGUACCUGGUGACAGAGCUGAUGCGGGGCGGGGAGCUGCUGGACAAGAUCUUGCGGCAGAAGUUCUUCUCAGAGCGGGAGGCCAGCUUCGUCCUGCACACCAUCAGCAAGACGGUGGAGUAUCUGCACUCGCAGGGGGUUGUGCACAGGGACCUCAAGCCUAGCAACAUCCUGUACGUGGACGAGUCCGGGAACCCCGAGUGCCUGCGCAUCUGUGACUUUGGCUUUGCCAAACAGCUGCGGGCUGAGAACGGGCUCCUCAUGACACCUUGCUACACAGCCAACUUCGUGGCACCCGAGGUGCUGAAGCGCCAGGGCUACGAUGAAGGCUGUGACAUCUGGAGCCUGGGCAUUCUGCUCUACACCAUGCUGGCAGGAUACACUCCAUUUGCCAACGGGCCCAGUGACACACCAGAGGAAAUCCUGACCCGGAUCGGCAGUGGGAAGUUUACGCUCAGCGGGGGAAAUUGGAACACGGUUUCAGAGACAGCCAAGGACCUGGUGUCCAAGAUGUUGCACGUGGACCCCCACCAGCGCCUCACAGCUAAGCAGGUCCUGCAGCACCCGUGGAUCACCCAGAAAGACAAGCUUCCCCAGAGCCAGCUGUCCCACCAGGACCUGCAGCUUGUGAAGGGAGCCAUGGCAGCCACGUACUCCGCCCUCAACAGCUCCAAGCCCACCCCCCAGCUGAAGCCCAUCGAGUCCUCUAUCCUGGCCCAGCGGCGAGUGAGGAAGCUGCCGUCCACCACCCUGUGAGGGGCCAAGGGCUGUCAGGCCGCAGGGCAGUGCUAGCUUGAUGGACACAGCAUCCUUCCGAGAGGGAGCAGGCCCGAGCCACAGGCCAGAGGGAGCUGGAACCCCCAGGGGCCCGAGAAGCAGCCAGCCCCGAUCACCCCCAGUGAGGGUGUGAGAAGUGCCUUCUCCUUCCCCAGGAUGGACUCUUCUCGGCUCCGGCUCUGCUGGCUGAAAGCAAUUCACUGUACAGACUUUUUUUAAGGAAAAAAUGGUAUCAGCCACCAUGGAUUUUUACAAGAUCCAUUUGCCUCCGUGGGAGCAGAAAUAGCCAAUGCGAACCCAGGAUGGGGCUCGAGUCACGCUAGGGCUCUCUGUGGCUGAGACUCCUUAGAGCAGCUUUGGGAUCCUCCACGUGGACCCCCACGAUGGGCCAUUUGUAGCCAUCUGCACACACCUCCAGGGCCGCCCAGCGUCACCUCUCAGAGCCUCUGGCUGUUCGCAGAACUCACUCUAUCCCCAGCCGGCUCCUUUUCCAUUCUGUUCUGCUGAGGGCUCUAGAACCACUUUGCUACAGGGGAGGACCCACGCCCUGCCGGCUCCCAGCUCUAGGCACCAGCAUCCACGUCGGCCGCCACUGGGUCCCCUGCAGUCAGGUCGGGCAGCCCCAGGGAGAGGAUGUGGAAAGCACUUUUUGGCCGACUUCUGUUGGGGUCUGCCACAGGACAGAGUUCACAGGAGGCCACUGGGGCGGGCCAGGAGGGGCAGGGGCUUUUUUCAUUUCUUCCUCAGCUGGUAACUCAGGGUUCAUCUGUCCAUGGCCUUUCUAAUAAACUUACAAUUGAGUUAA